AUGAAGUUCACCGCCGCCGCUCUCGUUCUCCUUCCCCUCAUCGCCGCCGAGGCUGCCCCGGCUCCCACGGCCGUCCAGGAGCGCCAGCUCGGCUCGCUCCUCGACGCUGCCACUUCGGCCAUCGGCUCGGUCGCUGGCGAUGUGACCAGCGUCGUCGGUUCCGUCGCGACUGUUGUUGGCAGCGGCGCUGCUUCGGUCUUCUCUGAGGCUACUGGCGGUGCCGUCUCCGUCUUCUCGGUCGUCACCAGCGGAGCCGCCUCGGUUGGCACUGUCGUCGCCUCGGGCGCCGAGUCCGUUGCGUCGGUCGUCACCAGCGGUGCUGUCUCGGUUGCCACCGACGCCGCCACCGACGUCAAGAGCAUCCUCGGCGUUACUGGAUCUGGAUCGGGCACCGCCGCUGCCGGUAGCGCUACCUCUGCUGCCAACUCGGCCGGCUCGUCCAUCAUCUCGACCGGCGCUGUUGGCACCUUUGUCGCCGCCGCCGUCGGUAUCGCUGCCGGUGCCUACAUGCUCUAA